AUGAAUAAGCUCGCAUUUCCUGAACCUUUGAAGCCUGAAUACCUCGCUGUACGGCUGGAACGUCGUCGACUUCACGUCGGCGACCUCCGUCCUUGUCCCGAUUAUGUCUCCGGCGACGUUCUUGGCCAGGUUCUGGUCGAGCGAGUCCCCGACGAAUUGCAGGUACUCGGCGGGCUUUCCGAGCCCGAACGGGUCGAACCCCUAGUCCACGACGAGCGACCCGUCGAGAUAUUCUGGCGCCUUGGUGCCGGGAUACCACAGCGGCCGGUCGGGGACGACGGUCUUCGAGGCGGCGCGCUUGGGGGCCGAUUUCUUCCCACCGAAAGCGAAUCGGGCCUGGAUUCGGGCCGAUCGGUUUCCGAUGAGCGACGACGCGGCGACAGCCAUGGCGGCGGGUGGUGUUUUCAGGUGGGAAGAACUGAGAAAGUGGCGGCCGGCGCCGUUGGAUUGGGAAGGGGAGUGGAUCCGACGGUGAUGGGGAGUGCUGGGCAGCCUGGGCUUAUCUGUAUUCUUAUCUUGUCGUGUGGAGAUUGUUGA